UUGUUAUAUUUUGUAUCGGUAGGUAUUUAGAUGUUCCAUUCUGGUCACUACGUCAUACAUCAAAAUCGAUGAUGGCAUGUUCCAGUGCGGAGACAGAACCCGUAAAGAAAAAACGUAAAACUGGGCGAGAUGACAGUGAUAUAUUUGAUGAAUUCCAUAGUAAAUUCUUAACAGAAAAUCCCUCUUUUGUAGACGCCGUUAAUAAGUUCAAGCAAGAAAUCACAGCACUUGGAGCCUAUGAAAUAGGAUCAUGCAACGCUGCUGACCCGGACAAUGGUUACUGCUUCACAAAGGCAGACUGUACUCUAAAGCCCACUCAAAGGAAAUUUGCUUUUGGCAAUCUUUUUAUUGAAGCAUUUAAAAUGUUGAAGAAUUUUAUCACAAAGAAAGAAAUUCCAACAGACAGUCAAACGAAAAUGACACUGGAGCUCCUUGUCAAGUUCUUGCUAAAUGAAGAAAUCCAAGAAGGAUUGUCACGUACAAAGGAAUGUGAUGAUGAAACUGAAUUAACAGUACUGCUGGCCUUCCAUUUAUUUUCUCAGCUUUCAACAUCACCCUACUUCACAAUUGAUAAUAGAAAGGCCAACCAGAUCAAAGUAUGCCCAUGUGGAAAGAGACAUGGACAAAUUGUAUAUGGUGAUACAAGCAUAGGUAAUCUAAAUGUUUGGCAUGGCUAUUUGGAUUUGAUCAUGGAAGGUGCAGAGGUCAUAAUUACUAUUGAUGGAGAACAAGAAACUUACAAAGAUGUAGAGUCAGCUGUAGAAGUUAAGCAGAGGCAUUUUGAAAUGAAUGACAAUUCUGCUGGAAGUAGUUUGGUACAGGUAGCAGCAAAAACAAUAGUUUAUUCCUUUUACUACAGGCAGGUACAUCCUGAUCAUAGCAAUACUCUUAUACCUUGUAUUGGUGUUUCACAUUUAGGAUUGAUUUUUUAUUUUUAUGAUUCUGUAAAUGAUGUACUUCUUGGGAGUACACAUUUUCCGUUGGCUGCAUCCUCUCCAUUUCAAUUAAGUUUUACAGCAGUCAUUGGUGUUUGGUUAAUAUUGAAUCACAAACAUCUCUGUAAUGGCCUUUCGCUGAUUGAUCUUAAGGAAGUACCAAAAGCACGCUUUACAGAUGUUGCAAAAAGCAAAAUUGAUAUCUACAAAAAAGAAUUGAAAAGAGGCCAGGUUGGAACAAGCUUGAAACGUUUUAAUGUGUUAAGUCUUGACCCACUUACAUUUGUUAAUUCAAAAUUCUUUUUGUCUCCUGAGCUAGAAGACCUCUGAUGAUGCAUUUGAAAAGGGGUGGAAAUCAAAUUUUAUAAAUUUAUUUCAAUGCUUGGAAAAUUGUAUCAUUAUUAUGGAAGAAAACAAAUGAAUUUACAGCAAAUUAUAUAUAAAAACAAAAUUUUUUGACUAGCCAAACUUUUAUUAUAUAUUAUCUGCAAAUAGAAUAGUUAUUGUAAAACUAAAUAAUUUUUAUUGUCCCUGUGACAUGUCACGUUUGGACAUAGAAAUGCCAGUCAUCUGUCCAAUUGAUAUAUAUAACUUGAUAUAAUAUAGUACAUGUAGUAUAAAGUAGAUCAUUAUAUUUUUUUAAUUCGUUAAAUUUUUCAACUUGUGUUACAUGUAUAUAUUUUAUCUUAUAAUUUCUGAAUGAGGAUCUGUUAAAUGCAAAUAUAAAUAUAUAAUCUAGAGAUGUAUGUAUAUUGAUAUAUAUUUAUCCUUGUUUUAACUAUAACAUGUACACAACUGGUCAGUAUUGUGAUAAAUUAUUUGCUGUUAAAGGAAAGGAGGUAUAAUAAGACCACUUUUUGGGCCCCUAAAUUUGAAAAAUCAAAAGUAUCACAAAUGAAUCUAAAAUCAUUCUUUAAAUGUUGCUAAGACAUUGAUCUGUCACAAACCAAAUGACAACAUUUCUUUAUUUUGUUGUGUCCAUGUGCAUUUAUACAGCUCCAAAGUUAAGGGUGAAACGAUUCACCGUAUGUAUCGAAAUCGCGAUAUUUUCAAGGACGAUUCGGUUCACGGUACAAGGAGGCCCCUUAGGAUAUAAACGAUAUGGUAAGAAAAAUAUUUGGAGAAAGAUAGAAAUAGUAUUAAAAUCGAGUUUUCUUCUUUUGCUGGCAAUUAAUUAAAAAUAUUUUCAAUCUCUUGAAUCGUUUUAUUUACGCUUUUAAAAUUGUUCCGUCAAAUUUCCACAUGAACGUAAGCGACCUCAUAAACGUAAACAACAUGGAGCGCCUAUGAUAUUAGAUUAUUUAGAUCUAGGGUUUUUUU